AGUGGAGGGACCGGCUCUGCUUUAUGGAGUUUGUAGACACAAAUUUGUUGUGAGAGUUUCUCUUUUUGAGCAAAAAUGAAGGGAUUUGGAAGGUUUGUGAGGUCGGUUUUGGUGUUGGCGGCGGUGGAAGUUUGUCUGGUUUGCUGCGACAUCACGGACGGAAACGCGGAACAUCUGAAGAGAGAACACUCGCUGAUGAAGCCGUUCCAAGGAGUCGGCAGUCAGUGGGAUUUCUCCGGAAACACGUUGGUGACGAGCUCUUACGUCCGACUCACUCCAGACGAGAGAAGCAAGCAGGGUUCCAUCUGGAACACCGUGCCGUGUUACUUGAAGGAUUGGGAGAUGCACGUGCAGUUUAAAGUUCAUGGGUCAGGAAAGAAGAAUCUCCAUGGCGACGGAAUCGCUGUCUGGUACACAAAAGAGAGACUGCAUCCAGGCCCCGUGUUUGGAAACCACGAUAAGUUUCUUGGCCUGGCUAUUUUUUUGGAUACCUUCCGCAAUGACCUCCAUGGGAUGGAUCGCUCCUUUCCCUUCAUCUCGGCCAUGGUGAACAACGGGUCGGUGAGCUACGACCACGGGAAGGACGGGCGCUCCUCGGAGUUGGGCGGCUGCUCGGCGGAGAUCCGGAACAGAGAGCACGACACGUACAUGGCCGUCCGCUACUCCAAGGGAAGACUGACUAUAAUGGUUGACGUUGAUGACAAGAACGAGUGGAAGGAAUGCAUCGACAUCGGAGGCGUUCGUCUUCCUACCGGAUACUUCUUCGGUGCCUCAGCGGCAACGGGAGAUCUCUCAGAUAACCACGACAUCAUCUCCAUGAAGCUCUACCAGCUGAUGGUGGAACACACGCCAGAGGAGGAGAACCUGGACUGGACCAAGAUCGAGCCCAGCGUCAGCCUCCUCAAGUCCCCUAAAGACAACAUCGACGACCCGACCGGGAACUUCCGCAGCUCGCCGCUCACGGGCUGGAAGGUUUUCCUGCUGCUGCUCUGCGCUCUGCUGGGAAUCGUGGUGUGUGCCGUCGUGGGAGCUGUGGUUUUCCAGAAAAGACAGGAGAGGAACAAGAGGUUCUACUGAGCGGAGAGAGAAAAACCACCAGUUAGUCCCAACGCUCCGUUGAGGAAUGAACUGAUCCAGACGACAGUGAGCACAUUCAAUGUGAAUUCUUUUGCUGAAGAUUGUACAAAUGUUUUUAACUCCUGAAGCGCUGCGUCGUCGUCGUCGUCGUGAGUGAAUUAUUACCUGUGACAGCAGGACGAGUGGCGACCGUCGCCGCCUACCCUCAAUGAUUUGUUUUAUUUUUUUUGUCCUUUUUUGUUUUUUUCCGCUUAUUUCUUGCAGGGUUUUCAAUGAAUUUUGCAAACUUGGAAGUCGUUUGUGAAAAGAUUUGUGAAAAGAUUUGUGAAAAUCUUUCCCGUCGGUCGGUUGUGGAUGAAACCGUUUUCAUUUUUCUGAGUUUUUAUUAACUUUGACAUCAAGUGGUGAUUUUGGUUUUGAUUUAUUUCUUUGUCUUCCAACCUGUUUUACUGCUUAUUCACUGGAAGAAAAAUGUAGAACUGCACACAAACUGGAUUAAUUUGAUCUGCAGAAAUAAAAAAAAUACUCUGGAGAUUUCACCUCACGGAGCAAAUGCAGCGUUGUAUUUGCUGAUACGAGGUUGUCGGUACUGCUUUUUAUUACCGGAUGCGAGUUGCUGCCCGAUGUGAGCGGUGCAACAGUCGGGGGAAUCUGUUCAUCCAAGAAAACUAACAUCUUUUCAAACGUAUCUGGCUGUUUUCACCUUCAGUAUUCCAUCUUUGAUUUCAUAACCAACAUAAAAAAUCUUCCAUUUCUUGGUUGCUCUCCAUCUCCUGGGUGGAAAAAACUACAGGACUGUCUCAGAAAAUUUGAAUAUUGUGAUAAAGUUCUUUAUUUUCUGUAAUGCAAUUUAAAAAAAAAAAAAAAAAAAAAAAAAAAAAAGUCAUACAUUCUGGAUUCAUUACAAAUCAACUGAAGUAUUGCAAGCCUUUUAUUAUUUUAAUUUUGCUGAUUAUGGUUUACAGUUUAAGAUUAAGAUUCCCAGAAUAUUCAAAUGGCUAAUAAAAGGCUUGCAAUAUUUCAGUUGAUUUGUAAUGAAUCCAGAAUGUAUGACAUUUUUGCAUUACAGAAAAUAAAGGACUUUAUCACAAUAUUCUAAUUUUCUGAGACAGUCCUGUAUAGAUAAUGUAAGAUUCACUGUUAUUGUUUACAGUUCUUUGUAGAUUUCCUGCCAUCGUUGCUUCCAGAGCAGAUAAACAACCUAAAGCAUUUAGUUUUACUACAUCUGCACCGAGAGACGUUUCCACGACUUGCAUCGGGCAGUAAAACUGUUCUGAAAAGACAGUUUGGGGAUGAGAUUUGUGUUACGAAACGUGUGUUUUUCUCUUCUGUAUCUGAGAAACGGACUGUUGUUGAUGUGAAGGAGGACACAUUAAACUAAAAGGUUAUUUUGCUGUGAUCCUAACAUUUGUUUUUUUCUUUCAUGCCACUGGAACUAUUGAACAGUGCAAUUGUGUCUUCACUCUUUGGAUUUUAUAUUCAUGAGGUUUGAGUUUCUGUAUGUUUUCUUUUCUUUUCUUUUCUCUCUGAGACUAAUGAGAUGAGAAACUCAACAGUGGUUUAGUUUUCCUCUGAAAUACAUGCCGUUGGAGGUGAAACUAAGAGUUAUUCAGAAUAGAUAAAUAAACAAAUACUUGCUGCAAAACCCUAUUUUGUCCAAGUAUAACAUUGAUAACUCCGAGAUUCAGUUUGAUAUAAGAAAUUGAGAGGCGUGACUCAAGAGAUUGGUUCAUUUAAAGGCAGGGUAAGCAAUUUUCUGGAUGGCCUCACAUCUGCCGGUGUGCAGACAAACGAGGAGAGGUGUUUCCUCUAGAAAACACGUAGCAAAAAGUUUACGGAGCCACUUUAAUUUAAUUUAAUUUUUUCCUCUUUGUUCUUGUGAGACGGGCAGCUAGCAGCGCGGAGUGGGAUAUUCAGCGCACGUGACUAAAAUUGUUCAGGGUUAGAAAUCAAGUAGAACUAUUUACCCUACCUUUUCUUUUAGAUAUUAAUACUCUUUUUAAGGAGUUUUUUGUUAAUUUCCAUUAACAGUUGAUUAAAAAGAUCACCUGAUCUCCUCAACACGCCUCUACGAAUGCUGGAGACAUUGUAAGGCUUUUUGUUCAGUAUUCAAGCGGUGCAUGGUUUUGUAUUUUCUAUGAUUUCAAUUGUGCCCCCUCCAGAUUUCUUGUUGCCUUUUUGCUGUACAGUUAGUUUUUUUUAGACAGAUAUGCAAAGGACCCUCUUUAAUUCUUUCCUCGUUACAGAAACCAACUCCACAAGUCCGAUUCGUAAAAGCAGAAAGUAACCGUGAACUCGUCUCCUCCAUCGCAGCUUCAUAACGGUCCUAGUCAACCUUUCUUCUCUCAUCUAUAUUGUGUUUGUUGCUGGUCUGCUUUUAAUCCCAUAAUGUUCCUUUUUACGUCAUGUUUGCGUUGGUGAACAACUUCUAACUGAAAGGUAAAACUGAGGGUUUGAUGAGUCGCUGCAACCCGUGUCUGAAUUUCUUUUCUUUUUGUAAUUAUGAGAUGUUUUUUCCUCUGUCCCUUCACUCCUGAAGCUGUUUCUGUUUCCUUGCUGGUUUUGUGAUGAGUUUUGAAGAACCUCCUCGCAUCAGAAAUAACGUAUUAAAAACAUCAA